AUGACCUUCAGCUCAUGGCUACUGCAGGUGCCUGUGGAGGAUCUGGCGAGUGGGCCGGGCGUGAGCAAACUGCCCCCUCAGCUAGCGCAGGAGCAGGCGGCGAUGCCGACGGGCAAGUACUACCUGAUGAAGAUGAUCAGAAGGCAAGUGGAGUGGAAGAGAAGGCAGAAGCAGCACAAGGAGGACGCUGCAGCCUCGCAAGUUCACAUGUUGAGGAGCUACAAGCAGAUCAUGGCAGACAAGCUUGCGAGGAUGAAGGCCAUCUCGCAUGCGAAGCUGCUGGCAAAGAAGCACGGGGAUCAGGUGGCUCCUGAUCAGCUCUUGCUGAAAGCGAAGCAGCUGCAGGCGAAGUCGAGGAUGAUGAGCAAGAAGCAAGUCGGACCCACACAGCUGCUGCAGCUGACGCCCGAGCUCUACGAGGAGGCGGCGAGGAGCUACCAGCAAGUCGGAGAGACCGUGUACCGCAUGCCUCCUCCUAACUAUCAGUACACGCCACUGCAGCCCGUCGCUGCUGCUCCUCAGUAUCAGGUUGCCUCCAGCACUCCCAUGUACCCCAUGCAGCCCAACGCGCAAGACAUCGACCCGAUGGCUCCGUCCUUCGUUGUCCCUCCCACCCCCGGCGGCUCCUUCUCCUCCCCUUGCCGCGCUGAGUUCACCGUCCAGGCCCUCGGCCUCCAUCAGCACGACUCCAUCACCAUCACCCUCCUCAAUGGCCCGCAAGGCUCGUCGAUCAGCACGCCCAUCACAAGCAACCCGGGCUCCACGAUCUUCACCUGGGAGCCCUCGCCGCAGGCUCUGCAGUUGGGAAGCAGCACACAGCAGGCGUGCUUUCAAGCUAAGGACCGCACCGGGCUCACGAGGAACAAGUGCAUCUCAGUGACAGUGACUGGGGGCCAGGGAUGCUUCCAG